GGUGAAAUAGACAAGAUGUCUGAGAAAGCAACGGAGAGGAAAUCUAAAAUCUCAGCUUCUCGCAAGCUCAUGCUGAAGAGCUUGAUGGUUGCCAAGGCCAAGGAGGAGCUGGAGCAGGAGCUGGAAGAAAAAGAGGAACAGAAGGCAAAGUACCUGGAAGAAAAAUCCCCUCCUAUACAGACCAGUGGCAAAUCGUUAGCAGAGCUACAGACAUUAUGCAAAGAGCUUCAUGCCAAAAUAGACGUGGUGGACGAAGAGCGGUAUGAUAUUGAAGCCAAAGUCUUGCACAACACCAGAGAGAUCAAAGACCUAAACAUCAAGGUACUGGACCUGCGAGGGAAGUUUAAGAGACCCAGCCUGAGAAGGGUGAGGGUCUCUGCUGAUGCCAUCCUGCGCUCCCUGCUGGGCUCCAAACACAAUGUCUCUAUGGACCUGCGAGCUAAUCUUAAAUCAGUCAAGAAGGAGGACACAGAAAAGGAGAAGACGGUGGAGGUGAGUGACUGGAGGAAGAAUGUGGAAGCCAUGUCGGGCAUGGAGGGCCGCAAGAAAAUGUUUGAUGCAGCAAAAGGCCAAAACCAGUAACGAAAUAGCUGGCUUUCAGCUUACUUCAACUACCAUUGUGAACCAAAGACUGCAGAAUGUAACAUAAACUCAGAAUGGGGCACUUCACAGGGUCACAGCUGAAUAUUUUGCCUAUUUUAUAUUCAAUACAUUUUCAUGGUUUCUGAAAUAAACACGGAAUAUGUCU